AGCGACGUGAAAACAGUAACCUCUCCAUGGCAAAAGACAACGGCGUGCCUCGGAAAAUAUCACCUCCAACCGCCUGCAAUCUUCUACAACUUCAGUUUUAAACGUAAAAGUCCAGAUCGCUUUGGGGCAUAGAUCAGUUAACAUCUGUUAGCCGCUGCACGAUCUGUGUCUGUCAAUGUUUACAGAGCUGUUAGCAAGAGGAGGAUAACUAGCCACAAAUCUGGACCCCCGGCGACUGAAAUUUGGAGGAAAAUGAGAGAAAAGACACGUUUUGGAGUUUGAUCCGGAGUUCUGAUCCUUGUGAAGAUGUCUCUGGAAGCGAGUGAUGCCCUGUCAGACUGCGAGGAGCUGGUUGAUGAGAGUUUCCGCUUCGCUGAUGAUUUCCUGGAAAAGAAAUCCUCACGGAAGCGAAUGGCCAAACCUCUUCAAUCCCCCAAGUCUCCAUACCUGACCAGCCUGAAUGUGAACCCGCGCAGGGCAGCAGUGGCAGCCUGGAGACUCCCACGAGCGUCUCUAGGGGGCAGCAGAGAGGGCACCCCCGGAGACAGGGACACAGGGCCUGCCAGCUCUGCCUUCCUCAGCAACGGCCACGAUGUGACCCCGAUGAUCAGAGCUGAGUGUAAUGUCUCACCAGAGCUGCUCAAGAAGAACUUCAGAAAACAGCAAAGACUUCUCCACUCUGCAGCCAAUGGCUUCACUGCGUCUGACUUCAGAGACAAAGAGGACAUGUACGAGGAGAUCAUCCGCCUGAAGAAGAGCCUCCACGCACACAAGACUGACAACAGGCAAAUGAGAGCCAAAGUGCGCCGCCUAGAGGAGGACAACGCCAAGCGCGAGAAGCAGAUAGAGGAGCUGCUGGAUCCCACCAAAGGAGCAGAGUUUACCCGCAGUUUGGUGGAUAAAAAGAGAGAAGGCAGUGUGGUGGUGAACGGGCUGAAGCAGCGCAUCCUCAAACUGGAGCAGCAGUGCAGGGAGAAGGAGAGCGCUCUCAGUAAACUUCAGAGUGAGCUGAGGACCACCAACCUGGAGGAGCUGAAGAUCACCAUGGAGGUCUACUUUGAGGAGAUCCAAAGACUUAAGACGCUCCUGGAUGCUGCAGAGAAAAGCUGUCGAGCAGAGAGUAAGUGCUCCCAGCGCCAGCAGAGGGCGCUCAACUCCACGGUGCUGCGUCUGACAGAGAGAGUGAGCCAACUGCAGCAGGAGAACAGGGAGCUGAGGGAGGAGCUGAGCACGGAGCACCCCACUGGAGGGCCCACAGGCUACAGGGAGUGGAGUAAACAGAGGCUGCUCAGGAGGCUGCUCGAGCUGGAGAGGAGGCUGGAAGACAGGAAGAGGCCCGCCCACCCUGUGAGGAGCGCCGUGCUAUUGGACCGGGAGGUUCAGACGGCAGCCAGUGAGAUGCCGGACAGGACACGGCCGUUCACCAUGGCAACAGAGGCAGGGAUCUCCGUGGCAACCAUGACCGAGGCCAGGGAGGAGGAGGAGCCCAUGCUGAAAGGAUGCCUCAGCCAAUGGGAGCAGGAGAGGGCGGAGCUAGUGGAGAGGCUGAGGGGGAAAGAAGAAGAGCUGGAGCGACUGAAGAGUGAAGGAGAGAGGCGGGAAAGAGAGAUGGAGGAGUGGAAGAGUGGACAGAGGAGUGAACGGGACCAAGAGACCAAGCAGCACAAACAGGAGAUGGAGGUGCUGUGGUCCAAGCUCCAGAGUCUGGAGGAGGAGAGGGAACGUGCUGCUCUCACCUCCCCCCUCAGCCUCUCACAUGGAGCGGGUGAAGAGCCACAUGGAGACACAGGGGAGUGCCAUGGACCCAAGCACCCAGGGACAGGGGCUCGGACGAGGGAUCGGGCAGCACGGGUCAUCCAGAGGGCCUGGAGGUCACACAGGGACAUGGACGUGGUGUUGUUGCAGUCCACGCUGAGAGGACAUCUCUACAGACAAUCUCAACUCAAGUCAGCACAGAGCACGGACCCGGGGACAAAUGGACUAUUGGACGUGAGGAGCCUGGUCCUGCUGCAGUCUGCGCUCAGAGGACACAUGACGCGCUCCGGCCUCUGUCCUCACAGCUCAGGGUUAGUGGAGCGGUCAGGAUGUGACCACAGUGUGACCGCAGCAGGACUCCAGAGCCCUCACAGAGCAGGUUUGGACAGAGGUUCUGUGGAUAUAAAACCGGGUGAAGAUGUUGGUGAAGCUCCUGUUAAGAUAAACCAAGCCCGUACACUUCCCUCUUCACAAACCAAAUCUGGCGAGGCUUCGGCAGGGGAUUCUGACGAUUCAGAUGACAUCAUCGUUUCUCCGUCUCGUCCAAUCAGAAGAAGAGAAGUCCUGAUCACAUAGAGCCAAUCAGAUGUGUCCAUGUACUGCAGCGUCCAAUCAUAAGACGUUGCCAGAUUAGACACAUACACCAUAAUUUAUAAAGAUACGCAUCAAACGUGCUGCAUCUACCCUGCUUUUAACUGCACUAUGUCACUUUUCUGGUGGAGUUUAUUAAAUGCUUGUUGCUAUGGAGAUGACAUUGCUUUGCCUGGAAUGUUACACAGUGUGGCAUUGAACUUAAAGGGUCUAUAUUAAACUAUUUUCUAGUCUGUUAUAAUGUUUCCUUGUGAAAAACAUACCAGGAGUUGUGUUUUGUUUCAUUCACACACAUAACACACGCAAAUCCUGCAUAUAAUCCUGCUGAGUUCUUCUCUCAAACUGAAAACACGCUGUUCCACCUUGUGAUGUCAUGUGGUAUUAUAAAGGAUUACUCAAACAUACGUGAAUGAAACAAAACACAUCUCCAGGUAUUGUGUUUUAUAAAGGACCUUCAAAAAUACCGUCAAAAACAAGCACUUACUGUGAGUGUGGUUGCCUCUCCACAGAUCUGAACUGUAACUUUGCCUGGUGCCAUCCUUUGCUUAUAUCCAUGGUGAUAGAUGAGUGGCAGGGGCAGGUGGCAGAUGCUCCCCCAGAAAUGUUACACAGUGCACCUUUAUAGAGCUCUUAGUCCAAUAAUCCAGGUUGUUUCUCGUGGAGAUAGUUUUUUGCCUAAGUGCCUAACGCGUUGAUGGACAGUUGAUUCGUUUAGAUGUUGUCUGUUGGAGUCCUCUGUGUGUAAUGUGAUUUACACCGUGGGCCUGGCCUAAGGAGGAACACGGGUUUAUUCAUGUGUGGAAAACAAUAGAGUUCUAACUAAUGCACUGCUGAGCCAAACUGAGUACAUGAUUAUACUGCUGUAGGACGACACAAGCCUAUACUAACACAUGGAAGUGUGCAAGGGCUCCUGACCACAGCACAACACACACACACAGCCCACAUGUGACAGUCAGAGGGACUGGAGAGGGCACAUGUGUGUGUGAGGGACUGAAGAGGGCACAUGUGUGUGUGAGGGACUGAAGAGGGCACAUGUGUGUGUGAGGGACUGAAGAGGGCACAUGUGUGUGUGAGGGACCAUGAGCUGAUCUCAACACUGAACAGAGCUGCACUGAACAUGUCUCCUUCUUUGGUGGUUCCACAUUUCACUGGACUUUGCCAUUAGGAUGUGUGUGUUCACAGUUGUCCCUGAAGUGGUUUUGUCAGAUCACACUGGCAGACUCAGUGCAGGCAUCAUGAUUUUCUCAUGUGUGCUCCGUCCAAUAAACAUCUCUUUUCUAAUGA